AAAUGGUUAAGUAUGCGAAUCUAGAAGAGCACAGAUAGGCCCCGUACUUUAGAAAAUAGUCUAGUAAAUAGUGCUACAAAAUAGAGUAUGGUACCAAAAGUUACAGUACUGACACACUGUGAACUCGCUACAAGGUUCUAUCGCUGUGACACACGAAUAGACUACAAUGUGAACAGGCUACACACUCAGGGUUCAUCACAGAGAGACACACAUGGCCGGUCGGCCACUCCGAAACCGUUUCGAAUUCACCGCUUGUCAUUGGGCCACCACAUUUGGUUUCCAGUCCAAUCGCCUAUCUCUGAGACUCCGAGCAAUUUUCAGUUUCCAAUUUUUCAUUUCGGACUACAGGCACGAAUGGGAGAUUAGCACCAUGUCUGCUCUGAAACGAGUCCGUUUCCCCAGAAUACCCGCUGCUACUCGGAAGUUGACAUCUCGGAGUUGCGCUGGACCAAAGGAACUUUCUCUUUGCAACAGAUGUGUGUAUCUGGCGUCUUUACCCAAGGAUGUACUUCGCUUGUUCCUGUGUCGCGACGGAAGGUGAUAAUUUUUUUUCAGAAUUCAACAAAAAAUCCAACAGUUUCGUGUUUAGGUGCUCCAGCUCGUAUACAGUAGCGUUAGCUAGCGGAACCAGUUCUGGUAUGCGCUCACCGUAUAUAUAGUGGAUAGGUCCCGUUUGCUGAAAAAAAUCACACAGUGUAUCUGUGAAAGACGUGCUAGUUUUCUUUAGCUCUACAAAUCCCCUUAACUUCGUUCGUGGUCUCGUAGUCUCUACUUUUGCCUGAUCUCGUGCAAUUGCCAUUGACCUUAGAUUGAAAGUUUUCUCUUCAUUUUAGAAUAACUACACUUUUCUCCUUUUGUUUGUCCAUUCGUCGUUUGCUAGUCAACGAAGUUUUUCCCCAGACUCAAGGUACAGAUAAUUUUCCGAAACAAAUUUUCAGAUUACAGAUCUACCAGUUUCACUGACACACUAUUUAUUCCCCCAUUAAUAUGACUGUUACCCCACAGCACCAAGUCGUCCACGAGGCCAACGGUGUCACCCCAAGACCCACUCCUAAGGAGUUUUUUGACAAACAGCCCCGUCCUGGCCAUAUCACCUCCAUCGAACAGUACCAGGAAUUAUACCAGAAGUCCAUCGCCGACCCUGAAGGAUUCUUUGGUCCUAUGGCCAAGGAGUUGUUGUCGUGGGACAGAGACUUCGACAAGGUCAAGUCCGGUUCUUUGAAGGACGGUGACGUUGCCUGGUUCAUUGGCGGCCAGUUGAACGCUUCCUACAACUGUGUAGACAGAUGGGCCUAUGCGACUCCAGACAAGACUGCCAUCAUCUACGAAGCUGACGAAGAAAAGGACUCGUACAAGUUGACCUACGCCGAGUUGUUGAGAGAAGUCUCCAAGGUAGCUGGUGUGUUGAAGAGCUGGGGCAUCAAAAAGGGUGAUACUGUUGCUAUCUACUUGCCAAUGACUCCUCAAGCUGUUAUUGCUAUGCUCGCUGUAGCCAGAUUAGGUGCCAUCCACUCGGUUAUCUUUGCAGGUUUCUCUUCUGGUUCCAUCAGAGACAGAGUCAACGAUGCUUCUUGUAAGGCUCUUAUUACCUGUGACGAAGGUAGAAGAGGUGGUAAGACCGUUAACAUCAAGAAAUUGUGCGACGAAGCCUUGAAGAGCUGUCCUACUGUAGAAAAGGUGCUUGUUUUCAAGAGAACCGGAAACGAAAAUAUUGAAUUGGAAGAGGGUAGAGAUUUCUGGUGGGAUGAAGAAACCGCCAAGUUCUCGGGUUACUUGCCACCUGUUCCAGUCAAUUCUGAAGACCCAUUGUUCUUGUUGUAUACAUCUGGUUCCACUGGUACUCCUAAGGGUGUUGUCCACACCACUGGGGGCUACCUCUUAGGUGCUGCCAUGACCACCAAGUACAUUUUCGACGUCCACCCAGAAGACAUCUUGUUCACUGCCGGUGAUGUCGGUUGGAUUACUGGUCACACCUAUGCUUUGUACGGACCUUUGGCUCUCGGUAUCCCAACAAUCGUUUUUGAAGGUACUCCAGCCUACCCAGACUUUGGUAGAUUCUGGCAAAUUGUCGAAAAGCACAAGGCUACCCACUUCUACGUAGCUCCUACUGCCCUCAGAUUGUUGAGAAAGAGUGGCGAGCAAGAGAUUCCAAAGUACGACUUGUCUUCUUUGAGAACAUUGGGCUCUGUUGGUGAACCUAUCUCCCCUGAUAUCUGGGAAUGGUACAACGAGCACGUUGGACAAGGCAGAUGCCACAUCUCCGACACCUACUGGCAAACUGAGUCUGGUUCUCACUUCAUUGCUCCAAUUGCCGGUGUCACUCCAAACAAACCUGGUUCAGCCUCUUUGCCAUUCUUUGGUAUCGAGACCGCUCUUAUUGAUCCAGUUUCCGGCCACGAACUCGAAGGUAACGACAUCGAAGGUGUUCUUGCCAUCAAGAGCACCUGGCCAUCUAUGGCUAGAUCUGUCUGGAACAACCACACCAAGUACAUGGACACAUACUUGAACCCAUACCCAGGCUACUACUUUACCGGCGACGGUGCUGCCAGAGAUCACGACGGCUACUACUGGAUUAGAGGUAGAGUCGAUGAUGUCGUCAAUGUGUCUGGUCACAGAUUGUCUACUGCUGAAAUAGAAGCUGCCCUCAUCGAACACAACGGUGUUUCUGAAGCUGCUGUGGUUGGUAUUACCGACGACUUAACUGGUCAAGCCGUAGUUGCCUACGUUGCUCUCAAGAACGAAUACGUCGACAAGAUCGCCGGCAAGGAAACCAGCGACGAAGCCUUUGCCUUGAGAAAGGAAUUGAUCAUGACCGUCAGAAAGGAAAUCGGACCUUUCGCAGCUCCAAAGAGCGUCAUCAUUGUCGCCGACUUGCCAAAGACCAGAUCUGGUAAGAUCAUGAGAAGAAUCUUGAGAAAGAUCUCUGCCAACGAAGCAGACCAAUUGGGUGACAUCACCACUUUGUCCAACCCUCAGUCUGUCGUUGGUAUAAUCGACUCCUUUGCUGCUCAAUUUGCUAAGAAAUAACUUCAUAAGUCUAUAGCCUCCUAGCUGCAGAAAUUGCUUCGCGAUUUUGCACCCAAUUUCUGUGGUUGGUUAGAAAUGGCAUAAUGCCUCAAAUUUAGCUUGUGUUAAUGUACAUACAGAAAGUAG